AGCAGGGCGUUGCAAUGCCCAAUCUGGCAAAUCGUUUCCCUCACUAUCUCUUGUCGAAUGUAGUCUACGAGCCCAUAUCUGGACACCGUGGGAGUUCAGCCACCUCGAUAGGGGAUAACCACGCAACAUCUACGCACCAUCUUGAGCGCAAACAACGGAUCGAGUCAAUCGCCAGUGCAUAUUUGCAGGGAAAGAUGCCUCGGCUCUCUUCUACAUCUUCAAGGGCACCCCGAGUCACUGGACCGCUCCCUAGCAACCCAAGACCCGACAUUACCUACGAACCCGUAUCAGCAACCCGUCCAAAUGCCUCCCGUCGUGCAUCAAAUAACGUGGGGGUGGAAGAGGAACGUGCAGCCAAGCGGCGAAGGAUAGAGGCUAUUGCCAAAGCAUAUAAUCAAGGAAAGAUGCCAGUGAUCCAAUCAGCAUCUUUGAGAGGCCCUUUGGAGAAAGACUGGAAGAAUCCUUGGGCAAAGACGUCAACUGGUAGAGGCUCCAGUGCUGCAACUCCUCGGCCCCGCCCCGUUCAAGAGUUCGACACGAUUGUCGUCUCAGUUCCUCGCCUAGUUCCCCUUUUGAGUUCUUCAAGGAACCAGACUAGUGACUUGUCAAGCCUGAGUCCAUCCUUGCAGCAGUCGGUCGCGGAUCACGAUAGGGAGGCCUCUGAAAUCACGGCUAUCAAUCACCCAUUCCCUAAGUGCGCGGUGGCCAAUGCUUAUUUACGUGAAGACGGUAGUCGGCCAGGAGCUCAAGAUACGGAAGAGCGUACGCUGCACGAGCCCAAUCGCUCCGAGAAUAUCAUUGUUAUGCCCACAGAAGACACUAGCUCUGCAAACACCACUACUGCGACGCCGAUGCUCGCUGCUGAGAAGCACACUCAUCCGUCGAUAAUUAAUGAGGAUAGGAGGAAGAAGCUGGCUAGGAAAGAUGGAAAGAAACCUUCAACUACCCCUCGCGUCGGUGAAUCGCCUUUUUCUUUCAGGUACCAGAAAGAUAUGUCGAAAGAAAAAGAGGCCGGGAAAGUCAACGCUCUGGAAGGCAAUAACUCAAAUGAGCCAGAUAUUCUUCCAAAGAAAAAGAGACCGCGACGAAUGAAUUUCGAUUCCUCGCAAGUCGUUCCUGAGGACAACCAGCUAGAGCGACGCUCGCAACGAAAGCAGCCAUCCGCUUUGACCUCUGAGCCACAAGAUACGACAACGAGUGUACCAAGAAACGAGGACGCGAUAGAAAAUAGCACGGGCUUUGCAAACAUGAAAGCAACUACAGGCUUACCUGGAGUCGUCUCAGCAGGUGAAACAGCUCCUCCACUCUCACCUCCACCAUCCCUGGACAACAGCACAAAUAGGCCUUUACCUACUCAAAGGGGCAAUAUCACAGUCACUCCACGUCCGGAAGUGGACAAGGACCCAGCAAAUUCGGGAAAGAAGCGCAAGAAGAGGGCAGCUAUUGAGACUAAUGAAGCUACUCCUGCCCCUGAGCUUGAGAUUGAUCAGGAACCGGAGCCUCACUCACUGAGGAAUGAAUCGCACCCUCAUACAAUUGCGGCACUAGAUACUUCGAAUGUCGCAUCAAAUAAGAGGAAGACAGAAAAGAACAGGGUGGACUCUGCAACUCACCAAGCAACAAACGGCGCCCCUUUGACAUUACCCGCGACGCUCGAAUCGCCGGAAUCCUCUGCUAUCCGCUCGAAAACCAGGAACAAGCAAAAGAUAGGGUCUCUCGUCGCGGAAGCUUCCACUCCGCGUCAAACAAAGAAGGUUCAGGUCUCGAGACUCAGUACUCAAGCCGAUGAGGAAGAUAUUUUGGAGCGUAUUGUGGUAAAGCCACGCAUGAAUCAGUCACGGAUCCAGAGCACUAUGCCACCUACGGGGACAGAAUCCCCGCCUCGACAAAUGACAGAAGCUACUGAGGUAGAGAUAACAUCUCAAAAAGGCCCGAAAGUCGAUGCCGCGGUAGGUGCGCCAAUGAACGACGAAACUCUCUCGACAGAACAAAUUAUCCACAUGGCAGCGGUGCAGGACGAACCUGAGAGUCGUCCACGGAAGAGGAAAUCGCGACCUUCUGCCCUAGACUCAACAGCGGUUGUGUCUAGUGUUUCGGUGAAAAAGAAGAGAAAACAGCAAAGAACAGGCCCUGUGCCCGACCCCGCCGUAAAUGGCGAUACUGGGGCAGAUGUGGAAAUCGAUGAUGGGAAUCUUCCUCAAGAGGCUGCCUCCGGGCAGCAAGCGUUCAAUGGCCCGAGGACUCCUACGCGUACCAAGAGAAGUCAACCUGCGUCGAGUCACUCGCCAGAUGUUCCAAGAACCCGAUCGCAACGGAACCAGGCACAAACACCAAGCAAUGCAAUGUCUCCGGAGAUUCAGCAGGAAUUUUUAAGAAUUGUGGAUUCUAUUCAUAGUGCUCACGAUGUGCAGUCAGAAACUGAUGAGGACCUUGACUCGACAAUCGAUUGCAUCGCCAGCGGUAUUAUUCCAUUCUCUAUUUUCAAGACAGGGGUAGCCAACCGGAAUAUACAAGCUGCUAUGGAGAUUAAGCAGCCUUUGAGUACUCAGCAACUGUUCGAGGCCCAGUCUCCACUCGCAUUCAGUACGGAGAAGAAGAGAAGGAUACAAGAGCGCUUUGGCCCUCCCCCUCACGACGAAACCGAGUAUCUCGAUACUCAGGCAUUGUUCGACGCCGCUGGGGGUAAUACUCCGCAUAGUGACACGAAUGAUAUGGACGUAGAGGAGACACCGGUGAAGUCGAAGUCGCGGCGUAAAAGUCGACGUGGAUUGGCUCUUCAAGAAAAGCCAUCGUCUUCUACCUUCAACACGUCGUCAGACUCCCUUCGAAAGUCGUCUAGGCUGCGUGGAAAGGACUCUCCUUAUCUUGAGCACGAUCUGCAUCUAUCACAGCCAUCGCAGCAGUCCGAAGUCGACUUCAGUUUUAUGAACUCGCUGCUGCAAAUGAGUCCCGUGAAUACUCGAGUGCAAGAAUAGAGGGCCUUUGGUCUUUUGGGCAGGUAUGUGGGCAUUACAGUGCCUUGUCAUAGAUAUCCGUACGUUCUCUUGCCACUGUUUGUGGGCCUCCAACUGACUGCUGGAAACCGGGGGCAGUGGAAACACUUCCAAUCUGUGUACGCCCCGUUGACGUUGUCUGGGGUAGCCUCGCGAGUUCACUUCUUGUGCAAAAUGCUAAACUUCUCUUCUAGUUGGAACGCUGAAAAUACUAUGAAGCUCCUCAUGCAGCGGUAAA